GCUGGAUUAAGAAAGGUUUAGUUGUUUAGUCACGUGGUUUGGUUGUUAGUUGUCUCAUCUUAUAUUUUCCUUAGACUAUCAAUGUUUGUUUGAGACCGCUGUUUGUGGUUGUUAUCUCUCUGAGUUUCUUGUUUUCUUUAGGAUAAUAAGUUGCAGAGAGAGAGAGAGAGAGAGAGAGAUGAUAUGUCUAGGCAGAGUCUUGUAAAAGAUGCUUGGAUUAUAGAAGCUGAAGAGGCUUCAAGUUUGGUGGAAGAUUUGGAGGCCAAGACCAAGAACAAGUACCCUGAUCAAUUGAGCCUCAGAGAAAUUGCUCGAUCCAAGCUUCUGGAGCUUGGAGUGAAACUUGAUCGCCUCGAAUCACUCCUCCACAACCCGCCCUCAAAACCCAUCUUAACUAAAGAAGAUGUGGAUUUUCGUUGGAAAAUGCUCUCAGAUAUCCAGCUAAGGACAAGAACGUUGGCUCUCAGUUUCUUUGUGCUAGAAAGAUCAGAAAGUCUUCCUGCCACCAAAGAAGACAACAAAAAUGCAAACAGAUGUGACCAAGAUGAAGUGAAGCUUUCGUUCUCUAAAGAUGACCAAGAGCUGCUGAAACCUCUUCUUAUUAAACCAUCCAAUUCUUAUAUUCCGAUGAGCUUGCGUUGGAAGACUUGCUGGGGCAUUUCUGUGGUCUUAGGGGUGACUGCAUGUCUGUUCAUCUUACUUUUCCUAUUUGUGCACACAUAAUCAUCAUAACUUGAUCUAAGUAUUUGAUGUUGUGAUGGUUUAUCCAUGCAAUUUGGAGCAGUAUUUUCUCUGCUUUUUUCCGUUUUUAAGUGAAGAUUGUACAAAUCUAUUAAUUUCAGAACAAGGAUACAUCUUCUGCAAUGUAAAAUUAAGUACAGUUACAUUACAACACAAGGAUUCUUACUCAAGCUCAUCAUCAUGUGACACAUUUGGGAAAAGAGUUGCAUUGUACAAAACCAGAAACUACAAUGCUAGAGAAGACAGACAGAGAGACAAGAUUAUCAUCUUCCUUGUACUUAUUAAAUGAGCUUAGGGUGACUGCAUGUUAUCUUAGUUUUCCUAAUUGCAUAUACCGUUUUCUUUUUGAA